AUGGCCUCUAUAAAAAUCGACCUCAGCUCUCCCGAGCCCUACGUUGCUCCCGCCGAAAUCUACAGCGGUUCCAAUCUCAAUGUAAAUGGUAACCCCAAUCCAGACACUCUCCCUGUCCCUCUCCCUCUCCUCAUAUCCCUCCGCAUAGCAACCGGAGGCGCCGGUCAAUCGGGACUAAUCCGAGCGCUCGCCAAUACAUUUAUCGAGCACCAGAUGCAGAAAACAGCCUGUGGAAGAUUUAGUAUAGCAUGGUUAUUAUCGGAUACAUCGGCGAGUUUCAGUUAUCUAGCGAGUAGAGCGGCGGAUUGUAGUAUUACUUAUCAUGAGGUUGCGGAGGAGAUGGCGGUGAGGCAAGGGAUUGCGGAGAGGAGGGAGAAUGUUUGGAGAGAUCAUUGGUUGCUUGUUGGGCCAAAAGAAAACCCGGCAAGUCUUCCUCUUGAUGGUACGGACGAUUUAAUAACAAUCUAUGAACUCUUCUCCCAAUUAUUCAUGGCGUGUGUGGAGAAUCCAACUAUCCGAUUCUUAUCCCGAUACGAUAAAUCAGCCGCGAAUAUCAAAGAAUCUUCCAUUUGGACAGCUAUCGGUCAAACUCCAUGGGCACAUCCAUAUUCAAGCUGGUAUCAUCGAUACGUGGAGUUUCCGUUUGCUGCUUUGAGAGCCGCGUGUGCUUUGGGUGAGUAUACGAUUACGGAUAAGGGUACGUGGUUGAGUAUUGACGAGGGAAUUAGAGAGAAAAUGUGUGUUUUUAAAUCAAGUACGGAUGCUGCGGAUGAUCCAUUGUUGAAUCCGGCGCAUAUCUUGGUUGGGAAGAGGGGGGGGGGAUGUAUCGAUGGCGAAUGA